UCAUUCCUCUUCAACCGCAGCAAAACAAGAAGAUGAUUUUGAGGAAUAUGAUGAGCAAGUGAGUAGCCGGCGGGCCUUAGAAAUCACGAUGGUGGAACCAUGACCGUUAACUUCAGGGGUCAAUAACACUCGUAAACUUGUCCAGUGAACUUCCGAAGUCAGUCUUAUUCUGAUGUUACAGUAGUGUAGUUGAUAGAUAGAAAUACCGUUCCACUACAACCUGGAAGUGAAAGUGUGUUUUGAAUUCAACAAAUGGAAAAUUCCAAGAAAUAUUUUUAAUUUUUUUCAUAUAUCAUCUAAUCUUCAUCAUGUGCUUCAUGGGACAAGCUUUAUUCGGUGUUUUGAGAAGAAUGGUAUGUGCUCUGAAACAGCGAGCACAAGUAAAUGCACUAUCAUUGUGGAGUAAAUGGAAUGAAAAGAAACUUACAAUGAGCUCAGAAUGUGCCCAGUGGAUUUAAGUCAUGGAUGUCUUAAAGAUAAUUAGAUGCUCAAUUUUACUGUGCGAUGACAACAAAUGUAGAUAUAAGGACUUUUACUAUAACAGGCAUUAUAUUGCUCUUGAUAAGCUGUGCAUGGAAUUAUCCUCUUCCUCCUCAGAAGAAAUAUCCCUCUCAAGGAAAAAUUGUGGCAAUGACAAAGAAAUCAUGUCGAGAUCUUGUUGGCAAUACAGGAAUAUGCAUGUUUAAAUGGGAUUGCAUUAGCUUGAAAGGCAUAACAUUAUCAACAUGUGUUGAUGGAUUUCUCUUUGGCGCAUGUUGUAUGUUGGAGAGAAAGAAUAAUUCAACUUUUAAUGAAUCUUUUUCUAAACAAUUUAGUUCUGAUUAUCAAAGCAAUACCAUUUCACAUUUAGUAGAUUCUAACUCAAAUAUAGAUGAAGUAACAUUAAAAACAAAAUCAACUCAACCUACGGACAAUCCUUCUUUUACUCAUAAUGUUAGUAAUAUUUUAUCAUCUACAACUGAAUUUAAAAAUGCAAUAAUUGAUACAAGAAACUCAAAUCAGCAGCUUAGUAAUCAAAGUAUCGAAAUAAAUACAUUUAAAUUGCCAAACUCUAGCUCUUCAGAAACAAACACUGUACCUGAUUUUGAUGUCCAGAGUUUUGAUUCUUUUAAAUUUUCUAAUAAGUUUAGUGAAACAACAAAAGAUAUCGCGAAUCAUACUCCCAUUUUUCAAUAUUGGUUUAUGUCCAGCAAAUAUUUUACUGACUUAUACAACGCAACAGAGUUGUAUGAAACUGAAAACCUAUUUCAAGAAACUGAGGAGGAAAAUAUAACUGAAAAGAAUCUAUACUCAACAAUCGAACAAACUUCAGAUGGUGAGUUAACAAAUGAAAUCAAAAAGCGCACUACAGGUUUUUACGAAUCGCCUCAUACCGAGACUACCGAUUCAAAAAGAGAAAUUAAAACAACAACAAAUAGUGAAAAUCUCAAUGAUUCUAAAAUUCGAGAAAAAGAAGAUACUUUAUCUACAGUAGAAAAUGAAUUUAGCAAUAGUAAUAAUUAUUUAUUUACUGUAGAUGAGUUUUCAGAAACAAAUCCUUCAACUUUGAGUUUUGAAGGUACAGAGGAAAGCAAAAGUUAUAUAAAUUCCAACAUAAUAACAAACAAUAAUCUGCAAGAAAGGAACAAUAAUAUAAAAACUUCCCCUAUCUGGUUCGAGCAAACGCAUCCAAUUAAUGUAGAACUUACUGGGAUGACAGCAAAUACUUAUUCAAAUUUGCAAACAGAAACUUCUUCUCCAAGCACAACAAUGGUCAAUGAAAAACAUACGGAAGAAUUUAAAAAUAGUUAUUUUAAGGAGAAAGAGCUAACCACCAAAAUGUCUGCUGUUGAAAAUAAUAAAUUUAGAACAACGAUUGACGGAAAAACUACCAAACAAAACACACAAGAUUACACUGAUAAUGAUUAUUUUGAAACGAAUUUUACAAGUUUUCCAGCCCACGAAACCAAUGACGAAAUAUUAAAUAUCUCAUUAGAUGAGCUUAAAAACUCUUACUUUCAAAAUAUUUCAUUUUUUUCUCUUUCCGCUAAGCCCACUCAAGAUUUUGAGCAGAGCAUCAUUUUUCCUAUUACUCAAAAUCACGAACAGUUUAAUAAUAUGUCACAGAAUUUCUCACCAACACCGUUGUAUUUCAAAAGCACAUUUGAAUACCAGUAUGAUUCCAAUAGCACUUUUAAAAAUUCGUAUGAAUUCGGACAAGAAACGAAUGUUUCUAAAAACCUUCUGGGUUUCAGUAACAUUACUGUUUCCGAUUAUAUAAACUUUUCCGAAAAUUACAAUAUUUCAUCAAAUUUUGAUAUUAAUAGUAGUUAUCAAAAUAUUCAUAUUCCACAGAAACUUGCAAAUCAUUCUAAAAAUCAUGAUCUGCUUAGUGAUUCAACUAGUCCUUUAAAUAUUGUAGAACAAAUUACAAGUGAUUCUACAACAAUCGAUUUUGAAAAUGAAGCUAAUAACUCUUCCGAACUUUUUAAUGUACUUGAAAUUAUAAAUAACCAUGCAGCAAAGCCUUCUAGUUUAAAUUCCAUUGAUUACAGAAUUACCACGCCUCCAAAUAAAUCAGAAAGUGCCGAAUUUGAUAUCAAUAAGAAAAUUUCUGUUUCAAAUACAGAACACCCUAUAGGUAAUUUGAAUUUUUCAACUGAAAACACUUCCUCACAAACAAUAGAAAAUGAUUUUUCUUCAACAGUAGAAAGUCCCAUUGUAAAUUAUUCAGAUAUUACGAAUCAUAAUACCGAGACUGUAGCCACAACAACAAAUAUGCAAACUGCUUUUUUGUUUGAAUCUUCUUCAGGAUAUCCGAAUUCUAGUCAAAGUUUGGAUGUUGACGAAAAUAACAUCUUAAUAAAUGACACAGGUUUAAAUACAAUUCAAGAUAUUUCAAACUUUAUUAAUUUAAAUUCGGUUAACUAUAGUGCUCACAUUUAUUCGGUUACUGAAGCUUUUGCAAGUGGUACAGCAAACAAUUAUGUUACUUUGGAGAAUGUAAAACCAACAGACCCGGCCGAAUAUGAAAGUCUGACGUUAAGUCAAGAAAGCCAGAUCACUUUGCUUACAUCUAUCAUAAUGGAAAAUAAUAGUGAAUUAGCAUCAACUGAAAAUACAUCUUUUGGAGAAAAUUCUUUUACAACCUUAAAUUUAAAUAAUAUAACGGUACUAUCUAACCAAGAUAUAAAAAGUACAAACCCUGAAGAACUUCCUACUAGACUUGAGACUAUGUUAUCUGAUAGCCAAGUAUUAUUAUCAACUGUUUCUAUACCACCCUCCACGCUUAAUAGUUCUGAUAAAUGGGUGAAGGAAACUUCUACAGCCCAACAAACUACAGAAUUUCCUGACAAUUUAACAGAUCUAUCUAUUCUGUUUGAUAUUGUGCCAAUGUCUCCCACGUCUGCAUCUAGUGAAUUGAAUACAGUUGAAUCUUUCACAAACACCACAUCUCCUACGCUUCAGAAUUUAGAAACAACAACGGAAUAUAUUCGGUGGAACUAUAAAAAAGAUUGUGGAGUAAGACUAAUGCAACCUAUUGGUAGAAUUGUUGGUGGAAAAAAUACCCAUUUUGGUAAAUGGCCUUGGCAGGCCUUAGUAAAGGAAGCAACUUGGCUUGGUCUUUUUAUAAAGAAUAAAUGUGGAGGAGUCCUUAUUACAGCAAAAUACGUUCUAACGGCUGCACAUUGUCAACCUGGAUUUCUUGCUUCACUGAUUGUGGUGUUAGGCAUUCAUGAUCUUGGUGGAACAUUAGACAACAAAGCCUCAAUCAUAAGAAAUGUAAGAAGAAUGGUCAUACAUCGACACUACAAUGCCCAGACUUUUGAGAAUGAUUUGGCACUUUUAGAAAUGGAAUCUGAAAUAGAAUUUCUACCUUAUGUUGUACCUAUAUGUUUUCCUCAUCAAAAUGAAGAUUUUACAGGGAAAAUGGCUUUUGUUACUGGAUGGGGUAAACUCACUCAUGGUGGAGAUGUACCUAAUAUACUUCAAGAAGUUCAAGUUCCAAUAGUUGGAAAUGGUGAUUGUCAGAGAAUGUUUUUUCAUGCUGGACAUAAAAAAGCUAUACGGAGUAACUUUGUUUGUGCUGGUUACACAAACGGAGGACAAGAUUCAUGCGAGGGAGAUUCGGGUGGACCUUUGAUGGUGCAAAGAGAAGAUAGACGCUGGGUUUUGGUUGGAACUGUGUCCCAUGGUAUAGGUUGUGCUGAUCCAAACCUUCCAGGAGUUUAUAUGCGAAUGUCUUCCUAUAGACCAUGGAUUGAUUCAAUUAUUCAUAAAUAAUCUUUACUUUAAUGAAAAUCACUUUAACAAAUAUCAUAUUCCAAUUAUUCUUGCUGAGUUUCUUUUAAUUUAGAUAAUGUAGAAAUAAAAUUCUAAAACUAUCUAUGCCACCCCAACGGUCAUCUCUUGUUUAUAUGAUAAACAUUUUAAAUAUCAAUCUAAGAUAUUUUAUGAGUUAUUUUAGAAUAUGGGGAGCAUACGUAAGAAUGUUACAAGUAAUCUAAACACCACACAGGUGAGCCACUUAUAAAGUUUCAUCUCAAAAGACUCAUAAAGUUAAGGCGUGACAAGUUUCAGUGUUUAUGGUGAAUUUAUUUCUAAGUUUACUUCAUUUUUUUAUCUUGAUGUCACUAAAUGUCUAAACAAAAUAUAAUUUGCUUCAUUUAGACAUUUUAUAAUUUUUAAUGGAAAAGAGCAGGAUGGAGCUAUGUAGAGUAAAAUGUACCAGUUUGAAGAAGAACUGUAGUUUUGAAAUAAGCAUACGUAGUUUUGCGUAUUAUAACUUAAUGUAUUAAUAUUUUAAACUCAUGCUUGUUCAUAGUAUGUAUACUACCUAUCAGUACUAAAUUUGUACUGUAAUUAUGUGAACUUUUAUGUUUAUAAUUUGCCUAACAUUUUGAAUGCAUUCGCAUUUAACUCUCGUGUGCUUUAUUCAACUACAUUUCUUCUGAUAGAAAUUUAAUUAUUAUUGUCAUAACAAACAUUUGCUUUAUAAAGAACAUUUGACAUUGAACAUUGAAUUAACAGAUUUGAAUUUACAACUUUGAUUAAAGAAUAUUGAACAGCUUUGAUUUGAUACAGAACACUGACGUAUUUACGCUACAAAAAUGUUUUUGAAAAAACUACAAAUUUUUUUUUGUUUUUGCUAGAAAAUCCAGUUUAUAUUUGUUUAAAAUUGUUUGUUAUUGU